AUCGAGGCUGGUUUUUCACAGCAUCCAUGCGCAGCAAAGAAAGAUAAUGCUCGACGUAAGUCGAGUAAGUGCACCAACAAAUUCGGAAACAACAACCGAGACACCGGAGGAAACACCUGAAAAAAUGAAGAUGGCAGAUGGUUCAGCAAUAAUACGACGAAACAGGCCCGGUACCAAAGCCAAGGAUUUUUGCCGAUGGCCUGAUGAACCUUUCGAAGAAAUGGACAGCACACUUGCUGUCCAACAGUACAUACAGCAAAUGAUCAGACGAGAUCCAACCAACAUAGACCUAAUCCUCAGUAUGCCUGAUGCCCAAGACGAGGGUGUGUGGAAGUACGAGCAUCUGAGACAAUUUUGUAUGGAGUUGAAUGGUCUUGCUGUAAGACUGCAAGAAGACUGCGAUCCUCUUUCAUGUACGCAAAUGACAGCAACUGAACAAUGGAUAUUUUUAUGUGCUGCCCACAAAACACCUAAGGAAUGCCCUGCUAUCGAUUACACACGACAUACUCUUGACGGUGCUGCCUGCCUGCUCAAUAGCAAUAAAUAUUUCCCGAGUCGGGUCAGUAUCAAAGAAUCAUCAGUCGCUAAACUCGGAUCUGUCUGUCGCCGGGUCUACAGAAUUUUUUCUCACGCAUAUUUCCAUCAUCUCACGAUAUUCGAUCCCUUUGAACACGAAACUUAUCUAUGCCGAAGGUUCACUGCUUUCGUAACUAAAUAUAAACUUAUGUCAAAAGAUAAUCUUAUUGUUCCCAUAUUAAAAGAAGACGGAUCUACGGAAAGUGAAGCAUAGGAUUCAGCUGUACAAAGAAUUUGUAAUAAUAACAAUUGUCAGAUUUGAUUUAUUGUUUCUUUGAUAUAUUUAUUUAUCAAUGGAAUACUAAACCUUAUAUAUAUUUAAUUUCCAUUGGAAAAAUUUUAGUAGAAAAUUUAAAAAGAUUUUUAAAAAAUUUUUUAAUACUAUUUUUAUAUUGACGUGCGUUUGCUGCCAGAAUCAGGUGACAUUUUUUUAAAAUUCUAUACAAAUAUGACAUGAUACUGAAGUUAGCAGACGUCUAAUAAUUUUUGGAUUUUUUUUUAGACGAUAAACCAGAAGAAAAAAAAUAUUUGAAAAAAUUGCACCUGUAGUUUUUUAAAUUUUCUACAUGUGCAUAUUUUUAGUUUUUUUUUUUUCUUCGAAUUUAAUUGUUCAAAAAAAAAUCCAAAAAUUUUGAAUUGUCUGCUAACUUCAGAAUAAAUAUGACGUGGAAUGAUUUUUUUAUUGACUGCAAUAAAAUAUAAGAUAACAGUCAUAAUAAAAUUAACAAAAACGUUUAAAAAUUAGCGGCAAAUUACCUGCAGAUUAACCCGAUCUUGUAUGACGAUCAAAUUAAUUGCAAAAAAAAACCUUUGUAAUAUAACAUGACAUAUUUAUAUAAAAUUUUUAAAAAAAUUCUGCUGUUUAAUGCGAGCGAUUAUACGCCGAUAUAAAAAUUGUAUAGAAAAAAAUUAAAAGACAGUUUAAAUUUCUACUUAAAUUUAUAUAAAUAUUUAUGUUUUAAUUUAAAAAAAUUUUCGUCAAUUACGAAUUUAAAUUAUGGACAAAAAAUUCGUCCGAAUUUAAAUUUAAAAACCCAGUGAUGUAAAACUAGAUAUUGAUGCGACCAAAAAAGUAAUUGACAAUUUUAUUGAUUAAAAAAUUAUAUAAAUAAUUAAAUUAAUUAAUUAAUUAAAGUUUAGUAUUCCUUGGAAAACAAAAAAAAAACAAGUAAAUCUUCAAAGACUUGUAAAGUCACACAUAGACAUUUGAAUUCAUUUAUAAUUUAAAAUUUUCGCGGUUAAAUUAUAAAAUACGCGGUAAUUUUUAUUUUAUAUAUUAUUUGAAUAUCAAUAAUUAUUGUAUUAUUAUUAUUAUUAUUAUUAUUAUUAUUAUUAUUAUUAUUAUUAUUAUUAUUAUUAAUAUUAUUGAUUAAUUAAUGAAUUACUGAACAAAUGCAUCUAACGAAGGCUUAUAAAAUGUCUGACUGAUGAAAAAUACAAUUAAAAGGUAUGAGACUAUAAUUUAUAACAGUAUAUAUAUAAACAUAUUUAUUGAUAUUAAUAAUUAUUAAAUUUCACUCUAAAUACUCAUACAUACUUUUUAUAUCGAGUCUAAAUUAAAAUAUUAAUUAAUAAUUUUUGUUUGUAAAACGGAUUCGAAAUAAAAAAAAAAUUUUUAAUUAAUUGAAUCAAUAAUAAAUUUUAAUAUGAUUAAUUAAUAAAUAAAGUGAAUGUGCAUUUGAUUUUUUAAUGAGCUUUAAUUGUUGGAGGAACUCAAAUGUUAAAAUUUUAUAAAUGGAAUUUUAAAUAAUCAGUAAUUUGUGAACUUAAGAUAAAAAAUAAGACAAUUUAUUGAAGGCAUUUUGAGACAGUGCUCCGCAGUUUUUUAAAAUUUUCAAUGACUCAACUGUCGUCUGUAUUUAAAUUUUUUAAUUAAAAAAAAAUUACAAUUGUAAUCAAUUAGGAGUUCAACGAAAUUUUUAAGUAAAUUGUAGUCUACAAAAUUUGACAUUUUGAAUUAUAAUUUGACAGAAAAAAAAAUCUUGAGUCAAAAAAAUAUUUUUGGACAAACGUUUUUUAAAUCGUCAAGAUUUUCUUGAUCAAAGAUUUUUACAUCUGAGAAAUUUGAAGUUUUCAAAAAAAUUUCUUGAGUCAAAAAUAUUUACUUGUAGUCGAGCUUUUUUUUCUGUACACGAUUUCACUGAAAUUUAUUUUCCAAAUUUCCUUUAACUCCUGAUUGAUAACAAAUGUAAUUUUUUUUCAAAUUUUCACCCGCGAAAUCGUCCAUUAUUUAAAUUAAUGCUUUAAUUUUUUUUUAUUAAUUAAAAAAAUUUGAAUGCUUAUGACAGUUCAGGGUCAUUGAGUUUUUUAAAAAACUGGGGGAUAGUGACUGGGAAUUCCCUUGAUAAUUAAUUAAGAGUAUGAUUAAAUAAUAAAUUAUAAUUAAGUAUAUGAAUAACAGAUGAGUAAGAAAACUUGUAUGACUUAGAUGAAAUAAUAAUAAUUAAUAAAAUGUUAUAAUACAAACCAAGUAUUUAUCCAUUGUAGUCAUAAACUAUUUAAUUGUUCUCUUAUAACGUCAGUUUAUAUUCAAUUAUUUUUUUUUUAAAUAUCAAUAUUAUUUAUUAUUAUUUUAAUUUAAAUUUACGCGGCACUAUUUCAAAUUUAAUCGAUGGCAACAAUUAUCGACUUGCUAAGCAAUAUGAUAGUGUCUGAUAUUUCACUGCCGAUAAAUUUCGAGUGAUUUUUUUCCGUUUAAACUUUAAUUAUUUUCACAAGAAAUCAACUGUCAUUUAAAAUUUUGAUUUUUUUUAUCAGUGUAAAUAGACUUUGUAAAUAAAAAUAGCUGACUACUGACGAGAAUAAUAAGAGUGGAUUGAGAACAAAUGCUAAAUAAGCUGAAAUAUGUUAUAAAAAUUUUAUCUAGUGUAAUUAUUUCAAUUAUGUACUCAUAUUAAAUAAAAUAAAUAAAGUUUUUACGAAAUCCUCAAGUUUUUUUUA